GAAGUGUGCCCGCUAAAUGACAUUUUUAAAUUAGUUAUUUACAAAAAGUGAUUUUGUUUGAGAAGUGACAAAUAUUCGAAAGACGUCUGGCGUGUACGGAGUUGUUGGUAGGAGUUAAUAUUGCGGAGUUGAAAUUUUCGAAUAGUUGUUAGACACGGAAAACAUGGCUUCGAACGAUAUCUCACAUGAAAUAUUGGCGAUAAUUCAGAGCGUCCCAGCAGGUGCGACAAAUGAUGAUUUAGUCAAGGGUCUAUCAGAUGUCCCCGCACAAGCGCGGCUAGAGGGUUUAAAUAAGUUGUUGCAACAGGGCACAAUUGAAUUGCUAAAGAAGGGCGACAAACUCAUAUAUCGCGCCAAGGAUCCAAAGAAGAGUGCACUGCCUAAAGAUGCUGAUAACGAGGAGAAAAUCAUAUAUGGCAUUAUUGAGGAAGGUGGCAAUAAAGGCAUCUGGAUACGCGAUAUACGCAUGCAGUCCAAUCUGAAUAUGACACAAUUGAAUAAAAUUUUGAAAAAUCUCGAGACCAAGAAGCUGAUCAAAGCGGUGAAAUCAGUUAACGCUAGUAAAAAGAAAGUUUAUAUGCUGUACAAUUUAGAGCCGGACCGUUCAGUAACUGGAGGUGCCUGGUAUCAAGAUCAAGACUUUGAGGCCGAAUUCGUGGAUGUGCUCAAUCAGCAAUGCUUAAGGUUCUUACAGAUAACACGCGAGAAUGCCGAAAAGAAGCGUGAUGGUCCAUUGGCAGUGAAGCGUCUAUCCUGUUGUACGGUCAAGGAGGUGCAUAAAUUCAUAUCUGACUUGGGUAUCAGUAAGGUGCACUUGGACGAAGAUGAUCUGGAAACAAUAUUAAAGACCGUCGUGUAUGAUGGCAACGCAGAACGUGUUAUGAUGUCCGAUGGCUCUUUCGUUUAUCGUGCGAUUAACGCGCCAUUGGCUGCGCCUGGUCUUGUACAAAUGCCUUGUGGCAUAUGUCCCGUUAUAAAAAAUUGCUCGAAAUGCGGUGAUGUCACACCAAAUAAAUGUGUAUAUAUGACAGAAUGGUUGGAUUGAAGUAAUGUGAUAAAUUUCACCAAGAAAUAAAAUGAACAUGAAAAUUUA